UCUCGCAUUAAUCGUAUGUUCACAACAAUAAAGAGUUUAUCUUUGAGAAACAUCUCUGUAAUUUUAAAUUUAACAUAUUGUAGUGUUUAAUAACAAGUGGUAAAGUCGAUCAAACUUGUCAAUAUUAAACAAAGAAAACAUCUACGAAAUGAGCAGACACGAAGAGGAUGAUGCAUUUUCAAAUCAUUCCAAAAUACGGAUGGUCGUCGGUCUUUAUCCGUUCGACAUCGAAGGCACAAACUUUUCUUUCGACGCAGGCGACCAAAUGCAUUUACUGAAAGAAAAUCCUAAACCUGGCUAUUAUGAGGUUAUGAAUCUACAAACGAGAGAAAAAGCACUUGUGCCAAAAGCAUUGGUGGUCGAAUAUGGAAGAAUUGAAAAUGAAGACUGGUAUAUAGGAAGUGCUACAUGGGAACAAAUAAAGAUGAUAUUAAGUGAGAAACAGAAACCACAAAGCUUUCUAAUUUUGAAAAACGGAGACAAAAAGUUUUUGCUCGGAUUUCUAGAUUCAAUAAAAAAUGUAAAGCGUUUUGAUAUCGAAAUUAAUGAUAAAGGAAGGUUUCAUAUUCCCGAAAUAGGAGAGGAAGCGUCAUUUGCAAGCUUGCCUGCACUCGUUUGGUAUUAUAAAACCAACAAUCUCGUGCAAGAUUUGAAGUUGUCCGAGCCUGCUAUAAUAACGUCUCAUAUUAAACGAUUUCUGAAAAGAUCAACAGAAGGCGCCAAGAACAAUACAACAAUAGAAGCCUCCAACGAAGAAAUGCAAAAUUCAGAUAGAAUGGUAUUUGGCAAUACUGAUCAAUCGCUUUGGACAAAUAACACCUUGGAAAAAAUUGCAGAUGGAUUAAAUGCUUCCGAGACAGAACAAGUGGUUUGCAACCCUUCUUUACCAUUCGAGCCCGUAGAAAUUUCUGAUGACGAUGACGACGAUCAUAAAUACAUUCAAACUGCCAAUGAAGAUUCUAGAGAUACAUUAUUAUUAGAAAAAUCACGUUCAAGAAUAUCGUCAGAAAUGAUUUCUGCUGAUGCUUCUACCAGUAUAUACAAAAAAAUUGCAAGUACACACCCAAAUGAAGUUGAAAGUAAAGGAAAGUCCUCACUUGAUAAUAAUUUGUCGCCAAAUCUGAAACGAAGAACUAUCGAGGAAAUGUUUCGUGAGCUCCCUUUAACAUCUGCUAGUACACGAGAAGAACAACCGCCAAAUAAGCAAAUGCGUAUAGAUUCUUAUAGAAAACAAAACAACAUACAAAAUAAACAGAUAACGUUUGCUGAUAGUGGAACAUCCGAAGAACAGAGCGAUGAAGAACUACAAGAAAAACAAUUGUCACAGAGUGAAACGGCAAAGAAAAUAUUUUCACCGAAUUUAAAUAAUACGUUAUGUGAUGUAGUGUCAAAGAAAACACUUGAUAUAAGACAGAAUAAAAAUUCUAAUAAGAACCAUGGUCUGAUAAAUGAUAUAUUGUCAAGCGAAAAAAGUGGUUUAGGCCCAAAGAAAAAACUAUCCAGUGAUAAAACAUUGCCUUCAGAGUCUUCUCCAAAUAGACCAUCACAAGAAGUUCAUGCAAUUAAUCCAUCUGUUUCCACUGCUCAACAUAAUAAUAUUCGAGAUGAAGAAGCAAGAUUUCAUGAAGCAAGUCGCGCUACAUCUUCUGCUACAGAUCCAAAUUUGCUAAAAAAAAUUGAAACAUUAAACAACCAAGUUCAGCGCACAAAAAGAUCUAACCGUACUGUAUAUUAUUGUACACAAAGAGCUCAAAUAAUCGAAAAGUAUGUUUUGAAGUCAAACUCCAGAAAUAUAGAAGACGAAUUUAUGAUAUCGGAACUUAUUGACUUGAAAAAACUUAGGCAUAAAAACCUGGUCACGCUGAUAGAUGUUUUUGUAGAAAAUGACAAUAUACAUAUUUUAUCUAAAUACAUGGAUGGCCGCACUUUGAUUGAAUAUCUGGAAAAAAGCAGCAAACUAACAAUUUUAAAUAGGUAUGAAAUUUCUUUGCAAAUAGCCAGAGGAAUGAAUUACUUAGAAGAUAAAAAUAUCAUUCACCGGCAACUAAUGACUAGAAACGUAAUAGUGCAUAUUAUUACGGGCAAUAUAAAAAUAUCAGGCUUGUGGCAUUCUAGAAUAAAAUCAUACAAUUGUCAUGAAUCUGAACGGGACGACUUAUCUAAGUUUGCAGCUCCUGAAGUUUUGCGAAAUCAGGAGUUUUCUCACAAAUCAGACGUGUGGAGUUUUGGUGUGGUCCUUCAUAAUAUAUUUUCGGAUACUGAACAUCUCAAUCAUUUUCAAGCUUCAAACGAUAUAAACUAUAAGUGGCUGCAUAAAGGUCAUAGAUUAUUAAAACCAUGUUAUGCAGAUGAUGAUAUUUACAGUGUAAUGGCCAAAUGUUGGAGUUGGAAAGAUGCAGACAGACCAAGUUUUAGAAAAAUACUAGAAUUUCUAAUAUACCUAAGCGAAAAGUAAUGACUUGUAAUGUUCUUGCAUAUGAGAAUGGA